AUUCUCUCUCUCUAAAAUCGUAUGGACGAAUUUUCUCUCUCUAAAAUCCUAUGUUUUACUGAGAAAGCGGUGUUUUUGCGAGGAGAGGAAGAAAUCGUCUGGAUUAAGGAGGAGAGGAAUCGUCUUUUGAAGGUGGGUUUUGGUUUUUUUAUUUUGUUUUUUGGAUCGAUUUUUUUGGUAUGUUUUAGGGUUUGAUUUUGAAAAUUUUGGGUACCUGUAUUUCAUAUAGUUAUGUGAUUAGGGAGAAUACGGGUUCGUAUUUUAAGAGUCGGUUUUUGGUUUUUCUUACUGCGUUUUAGGUUUUAUCUGCAACGAUUUUCUUUCGUCCUAUAUUUAGGGUUUUUCUGUGGUUUUAGGCUUUUUUUUUAUAUAAACUAUCUUUUGAUCUCCUAUUGCUGUCGAGGGUUUAGAUUUUUCCUGAUAAAGGGGUGCAGAUAUAUGUUGAUUUUGUCUCUAUAAGUUUAGUGGAAAGAUAUAUAUUAGUUUUAAAGCUGUAUUUUCUUCGUUCAAUAGCAAGAAGGAAAUCUAAACGGAAUUAGCAAAAAUAGCUGGGUUAUAACACAAAGUAUUCCAGAAUUUUAGGGUUUUUCUUAAACAGGGUAGAACUUUAAUAGUUAUCUUAGAGAAUUGGGUUUUGGGUUUUGGGUUUCUCUAUCUUCUUUCUGGUUAUAUUAGCGUUUCUCUGAGAAGUUAGGGUUUCUGCUUUCCUAUUUCUAUAUGCUUAUCCUUUCAAUCAUUAGGGUUCCUUUGCACAAUUCUUUCCUCAAUUUGCCUUCCAGUUUUCCCUGAAAACUUUGGUUUCCUUGGUCUGGUUUCAAGGGUACUUUUUUUUUCAUCUUAUUUGUUUGGGAUUUUCUCGUAGACUCAUAUUUGGACUGAAGUUUUAUAAGAACGAACUAAAAAUCUGGUUUAUAUUUGCAGUCAUCAUUGAAAAGGUUGUGUCACAAUUUUGUAAAAUACAGUUGCAUACAUAAAAACAAGGAGGAUUUCUUUAUUAGGAUCACUAUUUAGUCCCUUCUUAAAUUAUUUGAGGUCUUUCAUGUCCCCGAAAAGAAGGUUUUAUUCUUGUUCAGGGGGUCGGUUCUUUUCAUUUUUAGGUUACAAACUAUAAGGAAUAGGAUCAAUUGUUUCUCCUUUCUUCUUGUUUUCCUUGAUUCCUCUAAUGGAACCUGAAACCACAAUGCCAAAAAGAGAGGACCAAGUAUUUGCAUCUUCACGUGUUACACCUUUAGACCCUGGUCAAAAAAUAACUAAACUUUUGGAUAACAAAGAUGAUGUGGUUUCUGAUAGACAAUCAAGGCCCUUAGCACCAAUUACUCCAGACCCUGGUAAAGAUUAUGGUGAACCUUUAAUUCGAAACCAGACUCCCUUAGCUUGGGGUUCCUUGGAAUUAGGCUCCGCAUCUUCUUCGCCUUGUCUCUCUAGCAGCUGGCCUGGUAAUAAGACUCCCCUCCAUCAUAGAUUCGAUUCUUUUGCCCCCGGUCCCGAAGAACUUGCCUUGGCACCCAGGAAAUUUUCCAAGAAACAAAAACAAUUGCUUGUAGAAGGUCCUGAUCCUGAUUCCGGCUUUCUAGAUGGUCCCAAUCAUGCUUUAAAGUUUCCAGAAGAAAAUUCCAAGCCUGUAUCAAAGUUUCUAGAAGGUUCCAAUAUCAGAGAGUCGAAACCUGGUGUUGCCCGUGUGUUGAAUUUCGAUGAAUUUUCUGAAGAGGAUCACCUAAAUGGUGGUUAUGAGGCUUUGAACGAAGAGAAUUUGGGUACCCAUGUAAGAGAAUUCGAAGAAGGGUGUUCUAAUGAGGAGAAUUUGUUGGAGUCUAUAUACAAAUCUCUUUUGGAUGCUAUUGUUUCGAAGCAAGUUGAGGACUUGGAGCUCACUAAGAACUCGGGAUCCCCCACUCCAAGCAUACUCUCGGAUGCCUCAAAUGAAACAUGUCCUCCUGCUCCAAUGAAGCCUAGAAGGCAAUUCAGGAGGCGUAUAAUUCGGAAAUCCUUAUGCAAAAAGCUUGAGUUUUGAGAGCAGAAGAUUUGGGUAGUUUUUUAAGCCAUUUUUUAGCUGUUUCUUUUGGGCCAUCUCUAGAUCUUAUUCAACCAGAGUUUCAAGGCCAAUAUCUAUUCACCAGAGGAUUAAAUUAGAGGAGAGGCAAAGUGGAUCAUCAAGAAUUACAUAUCUAAUGAGUGACAAGAGGAAAUGGAAAUCAAUAUCAAUCGAUUUUGGGUUGUGUACAUAGAGAGUCUCCUGCUUUAACUUGGAAAAGGGACUUAAAGAGAUACUUGGUUUAUUUAAGAGGCGAUGCUUGACCAUUGUUGCUUUUUUUUUCCUAUUGAUAUUUAUGAAUUUUGUAAUCCGAAUGACCACUAAUAUUGCUGCACUUGCUUUCUGUUCUUCCUUUC